AUGGAAUCAGAGACGAAGAAAUUUGGGAGAGGUAUCUUCUUCUUCUUCUUCUUCUUCUUCUUCUUCUUCUUAUUAUUAUUAUUAUUAUUAUUAAAAUAUUUAUAAAUUUCCCUUACUGAUGCCCAUAAAUGGGUCCAAAGUUGUUCCUCAGUACUUAUCAAAUGGCUUGCUGAAUUUCUGUUCAGGAAAGAGUCUCCUAUUUAUAAAUAUUUUGUGGAGAGCUCUCAUCACAUCUCCCACUACGGCGAUUGAACAGUCGAAAACUCUCACUGCCAUGUGUUGUAUGGUAUUAUUGACUAGAUCAUGCUCUGGAAGGAGGUUCUUGAAUAAAAGAGUAAAUUGAGGAUGAAAUAAUUCCUUGUAUGGGAUGGGUUUGAUUGGAGCUCCCCUCCCCCUUAAAAGCGAGCUUGAAGACAUAAUAAUGUGCUCUGGGAUAGAUACUGAAAUGAAGGGUGAGUAGUGAUCAUUGUUAGUUCCUUCAGGAAUGGAAUGGUAAGGGUAUUGAAGGUUGGCUUGAGAAUUUUUGAGGUUGGGGUAUGAGGCCUCAGGCCCACAUCUGCGCAAGAAAGGGAACUCUUCAUACACUGAGAGUUAAGAAAUGCAUGAGAAAUCAUCACAAAAUAGCUCUGAGAUCUCCAUUUAUUAUUUUUUUUAUUCAAAAAUUUUCAACCCCGCUGGGAGCAUUCCCUUGGGGGCAUUCCAUCCCUUGGAGUUCGUGAAGUGCCCUUUGGAGGCCACUACUAGACAGACAGACACGCUGGUGUCAUGGGUACUGCUCACGUUGAUCUGAAUGAUUUAUCCUGCAAUCCAUGGUAUUUAAUGAUGCAAGAUUUGAACUAAGAAAGUGUAGGAAUGAGAGGAACGGUCAGAAUUUUAGGCCCCGAGCUUGUUUGGUGGAGGGGAACGUGGUCAGGUCCGUUUUUGUAUUGUGAAAGGUUUAAUUUUUUCUUGGCUAUGGAGAUUGCUAGGAUCUUGGGCAUGGCCAUGGAGAUGCCGCAUGGAGAGCUUUAUUGCUUUAAUCAUAUGCUUCAGCAAUUUACACCCUCUUUGUUAUUAUUCAACGCACAGGGAGAGUUCAUGUCCUGCUCAAGGGAAAAAGAAAAAAACCUAGCUCGCCGUACUAUGUUAUCUUCCAUAUUCUCUUGCAAGCUUUUUCAUAAUUCACUGAUGUCAACAUGUAUUCUCCCAAAUUUCACAUGCUUUCUUUCUAGCCUGCAAACCUGAAGAUUGAUCGACGGAUUCUAUUAUCGGCCAUGGCCUCUUGCAAGCUUUUUAAUAAUUCACUAUAUAUAUAUACAUAUAUAUAUAUAUAUAUAUAUUAUCCGAAAUUGGGCAUGGUUGCUUGCAAAGAAACCCAACGAUCGAUUAAAGGGAUGAUAUUAGAUGGUCUAUGAUCUCUUGCCCCGAGACAUAUCACUAGGAGGGCGGGCGCCUUAUUCUUAUCCGGUGUGGUUUUUCAGGGCCGAGGGAGCUCAACGGCGCGGUGGAUCUCAUAGACCACUACAAGCUGCUGGCUCAGCAUGAUUUCUUCUGCCGGAGGACUCUCCCGGUGCCCAUCUCGGAGACCCAUUACCUCCACAACGUGGCCGGCGACACGGAGAUCAGGAGGGGACCUGGGAUGGAGCUGGACCAGCUCUUCGAGACCGACUCAUCCGCCUUGAGGGAGACCGCCGCCGCCGCCGCCAUCCGCCCCUUUGACCUCGACACUCUCCGGCGAGCCUUCCCCCUCCGUGAGGCAGCCCCCAUCGAACUCCCACCGGUAAGAGCCCUCUCUAUCUCUUUCUAGAUUCUAACUUCUCUCUCUAAAUUAUCUCUCUGUGGCGUCGUUCUCACCGGUCUGUGGUGAACUGUUGGGCAGGCGGAGAGGGGGGCGCCGACGGUCAGCGGGAAGGCGAAGGGAGAGCCCAGGGAGAAGGGGAGGAAGCAUAAGAAGCACAGGGACAAGGAUCGAAGCAAGGACAAGGAGCACAAGAAGCACAAGCACCGCCACAAGGACCGGAGUAGCAAGGACAGAGACCACCGCGACAAAGACAGGGAGAAGAAGCGAGAUAAGACCGCUCACCACCACGACUCCAAGAAAGAAAAGGUCCGUCAGUGUCUGUUUCUCUCUCUCUCUAGACUCUCUGCUCUCUCUCUCUCUCUCUCUCUCUCUCUCUCUCUCUAUAGAUAUAUGUUUCUCCCUUUGUGGGUUCUCACGCGGGAGUAAUUCCACGGCCUCCUCUGCAGAAGCGGAAACACGACGGCGGCGAUGACGUCUCGGACGGCCGAGAACACAAGAGGAGCAAGGUAUGAGGUCUCUCUGUUUCAUCGUCUACAGGGUGGGGCCCACGGUCAACGGUUUUUGAAGGCCCAGAUCGCCUUUUUUUUUUUCUUUUUUUGAUGGGGUGUAAUACCGCGUAAUCGGAGUUGUCGGAUGUUGCAGGCCCUUUCAGAGGCGGCGGCGACGGCGCCGGCGCCGUCGGGCAGGCAGAACCCGCAGUAGACCCGCUCCCGAUUGGGCCACUUCCCUGGAUUAAUUUUCAGGCCGCUGCUCUCGGAGCCGUGUGGACGGCGGUACUGCUCAUAUCCUUCAUUCUUUCUAACGUAGGAUGGCGCCUGCUCAAGGCCUCUCUGGUUAGCCCUGUAAAUUAUCUCACCAGUAGGCUUCGUGGACCGGCGAGAGAGAGAGAGAGAGAUAGAUAGAGGGUAGGUGGCCACGUGGCCCGCCGUAGAGUGCAAAUGUUGCUUUUAUUAGUAAAUUAGAAACCGCGAUUCCGGGGAUCCAGGAGCUGGCGACGGCAGUGCCGACCCCGACGCCGUUAUUUUGACGGGGCUCGGAGCUCAGGACGCUCUCAGGUCAUCAAGGUCAACGCUGGCCUGCAUGAUUAGAGAGAGAGAGAGAGAGAGAGAGAGAGAGAGAGAGAGAGAGAGAGAGAGAGAGUGAAGAAGAGAACAGGCGGAGUCUGAAUGUCAACGGUCAGGGGUGGAGAGAGGGGCUUACCAAGAACCUGUGGUUCUCUUCGAGGAGGGGGUGGAAGGUACCGCAGAAGGCCUCCAUGUCCUCUUUGAUGUCCCCAUUUCCGGCGAUCACGUCCAUGAAUUUCUUCCUGUCCGGCGCCAGCUUCAUCGCCACCUGCAUUUCAAAGAUCACCCAUUGUCAAUACGCUGUUAAUAUCCUUGACCCUUUUCUUAGGGCCUUAGAUUGAAAGUCAACGCCGAAGGAAGCCCACAAGCAGUCUGUCUUAAUGGGCUCUGGACAAGCUCGACCCAGUUUGACCCCUUUCCUUAGGGCCCGAACUUGAAAGUCACCACCCAUGAGAAGAAAAGUUGACCCAAAAGUUGACCCUGGUCUCACAUGACACACACUCUCUCUCUCUCGCUCUCAGGGUCAACGGCUAUCUGGGCUGGGCCUUUCUCUAGGCCUAGGCCCAGGCCAGGCCCACUGAAAGCAAAAAUCAGCAGUAGGGAUAGAUAGCCGACCGUGAAGGCGGAGCUGGCGAUCCAGCCGUGGAACUUCUUCAGAGUCUUGCCGUAGGAGUCCGUGCAGGCCUGGGCCAUGGUCCAGUCCGGGUGCUGAAGCAGGUCGCGGAAUAACUCCACCAAGAAGUCCAUCGCCCUAA